UUUUUUCUUUCUUUUUCCGUUUUUUAUCUCCUACAUAUUUUUAAACUACUGCAAAAAUUAUGACUGCUGCCGCCCCUACCACUACCAAAAACUGUGUUCCCGAUAUUGAGAUGCGUAUCUCCAAUCUUGUUUCUCAGUACACAUGCUAUGACGCACAAACAAUGCGCGAGUCGGAGUUAGGCAAUGAAUAUGCGGAAAUGGCUCAAAAACUACUGCGGGAACUUGAGGGGGCGCUGAAUCAGACUCUACUGUAAAACUUAGUAUGCGGAGAAACAUGAUCCCAAAGAGAAAUUGGAAGGAAAAAUUCUCACCCUACUAUCUUAAUCAAUAGGAAAAUCCUACGGACAUAAACAGAUUGCAAUUUAUUUUUCUUCUCUUUUAAAUUUUUUCAUGUUUCAUUUUUUAAAAUAAUAUCCACCUUUUUCAAUUCUUAUCCAUAAAAAAUGGGCUUUAUAAAUAAAAUAAAGCUUCCGCAGCGAACAACAUGGACCGUAGCGGGCGAGCGCCGUGAAACACUGUUUUGGCCCAACCUCCUGAACCAACCACCAAAGGCUGUUUUGCUAUUGAUUCCAGGAAGCCCUGGCAUCGUUGACUUUUACAUUGAUUUCUGCCAGAGUCUACACGAGCAAAUACCCAGUAUGGAUAUCAUCGGCGUAUCUCAUUUGGGCCACACGUUAUUUGAAGACAAUCGAGGGUUGGUUUGGAGAAACAAAAGGGUCUAUUCGCUGGAGGAGCAGGUUGCCAAUAUGGUCAAGGUGUUUGAUGAAAUUUACGAAGAGUACAAGGAGGAUGGGAGCAGGCCAAAGAUGUUGUUGGUGGCACAUAGUGUGGGAUGCUAUUUUGCACAAAGGGUUGUCGAGUGCCGAGAGGAGCUUGUGGACCGCGUAUACAGCUUGUUUCCGACAGUCGAACAUAUAGCCAAGACGCCGCGAGGCAAGCAGCUCGAGCUUGCGUUUCUACCUGGAGUGAGACAUUUCCUGUCCCUCACAGUCGACGCGCUCCGUUGGAUCCUGCCCCUGUCACUCCUCCACCUACUCUCUGAUCUUUCGGGCAGCCUCAAUAGAGAAAACUCGCAGCUCGUGGUGGACAAAAUGCUUCACGGCACGUGUGUCCAAAACAUCCUCAAGAUGGCCCACGACGAAAUGCACACGAUCAAGGAGCUCAAUUGCGAGCUGUACGGGAGGCUGGGAAGAAAGUUUGUCAUGUACUAUGGUGUUGACGACGGGUGGUCGCCUGUUGAUCAUUAUUAUAAGAUGGUGAAGGAGAAUACCGAGGGCAGGGUUUUUCUGUGCGAGGAGGGAAUCUCGCAUGCCUUUGUUACUAGUCAUUCAUCACAGAUGUCCCGUAUUGUCGCUGAGAUGCUGAGACAGGAGCUUGGGAUGACCAAGCUGUAGGGAUUAAUUUUUUUUACAAAAUUAUAAUAGUAGUAAUUGAUAUUGCAGUGUAAUAGA